AUGAGGACCAUUUGCCUAGUGCUGCUCGUCGCUGCUGGAGCCUACAGUGACUCGUGCUUAGGGAGAUGCGGAGAGAAGGACCUUUCUAAAAGCUGCCAGUGCAACUCUUCUUGCAAAAAGUUCUACGAUUGUUGCAAGGAUUACUUUGAAAUCUGCUUCAGCUGUCAAGACCGUUGUGGGGAGGCCUACCUGUCUUCUAAGCCCUGCCAGUGUAACGAUAAAUGUCCCUCUCAUGGCAACUGCUGUGACGACUACAAUGACCUUUGUGGAGGUGGCGAGGGUGUCACGGAUAAUGAGCUCAGGCAUCUAACAGAGUCCCUUUUGUCUUUCGACGUCAAUAACGUUGGGAGCCUGAUCACUGUUGACCCUCAGGGUAAAGGCAGCACAUCUGAGGAUGUGGCACCUGGACCAUUCUUCACCCAUGUACCACCAGAGGCUUUGAGCGGCCCUACCAUCUCUGCCCUCAUCGCCCUUCAAGACAAUUACAUCCCGAACGUCAGCGAAGGCGAAAUCGAAGAACCCGGAGAAGUGGCUGAACUGGAGAAUUUCCUCGACGCCAUCAUGGCCACAAAGGUCAUGCAAAUGACAGAUGAUUUCCUUUACGAAAAAAAACUCUGCACUGGUAGUCUGAGAAGCAAAAUCAAGGAGAUUUGGUUUGACCUUUACCCUCGAGGCAGCGGCAGCGCUCUCGGCUCCUCCGGUUUCGAGCACGCCUUCGUCGGGGAGAUCAAGAAGGGUGCUGUCUCCGGGUUCCACAACUGGGUCUAUUUCUACACGGAGGAAAGUGCCGGUAAUCUUGACUAUGGCGGCUGGAGUAAAGUGAGGGAUUUUGGCGUCAAGGGCCUGGUCCUUGAAGAUCACUUUGAAUGGCUUAACUACAAGAAGAGUGUCGGCAGCUCAUUCAUAGCUACGUCUCCAGAAUUCGAGAUAGCCGUGUACACAGUGUGCUUCUUAGCUAGACCUGACUCCCUCUGCCCAGUUCAGAUGGGAGGUCACCAGUUCAAGAUUCAGACCUGGACAUAUAAGUACGCCGGCAAAACGCUCAUUGGCAGUGCUUACCCACAUUUAUAAGUCUUGGAAAAUGAGUGAAGUAAUUUAGCGUGAAUGCAGAUGAUACUGUCAUCAAGUGAAAGUUAUGUUUUGUCUUCAAGGUCUUAUUAACGCUCCAAACAUUAAUUUAUGGUAUCAUUUAUAAUUUAUUAUUUUCUUAAG